UAACUAAUUAUUGAGAAAACUUCAAUUAAACAUAACAAAAGAACAUGGAUAAAACGCCGGAAAGAAUUGCUUUGAGUGAGCUGGACAAGGAGCAGAUGAAGACGUUCUCCGACUUUCUGUUGUCCUACAACCGUCUAUCCGAGAUGUGCUUCACAGACUGCGUUCGCGACUUCACAUCCCGUGACGUAAAGGAUAGCGAGAAGACAUGCUCGCUGAACUGUAUGGAAAAGUACCUGAAGAUGAACCAGCGGGUGUCACAGCGCUUCCAGGAAUUCCAAAUGCUUGCCAACGAGAAUGCUUUGGCCAUGGAGAAAAAGCUUCGGAAAUAAAACUAGAGAUAUUACUUUUAGACGAAAAGAAACACAAUGGACACACACCAAUAAUUAUAGAAAUGAAUGCAUUUUUGAUGCAUUUGUGACCAAAAAUAAAGAGAUGACAACUAAAGAACCAAAGAACAAA